GUCCUGGACUUUGUCAAAAAAGUCAACUGCACUUACACGUACGGCGUCUUCACUCGCUUGGAUGAGUUCACAGGAUGCUAUGAAUCUGAUGAUCAAAAAGAAAUAAAGAGCCGUUAUACUGAAGACUUCCAGAAGGCGUUGUCGGAGGGUGGGAAGGUAGAGGGAGCAGUUUUUUUCGUUGACAGUCAGGCUAUAGAAAAUGAGGUAAUAUUACAUUAAAAAGUUACCAAUUUUACUUUAAAGGCUAUGGAUAAUCAUUAUUUAAAAAACAAUCAACGAUUCACAUCUAUAAUUAUACGCUAGACCAAGAAAAUAACGUAUUCAACCAAUCUAGAUCUAUCUAGAUGGCUGUUGCAAUAAUCAAGCUUUCCUUCUUCUGCAAAGCUCAAGUUUUAGCAACUUUCUCUUAAUAUUCUAGUUUAGUAAAUCGAAAAAUGUCUCAUUUCCUAGAAUAUAAUUACCUCUUUUUGUAGAUCCCGGGUAAAAAUGUAAUGAUCGCCGUGCCCCCUUCCCGAAGUCAUUGAUUAGGCUGAUCAGGCCUUCCUGCUCCUAAACUAGCCAACAGGCUCAGAUGUCUUCAGUUAUCAUUGAAAAGUAUUUAUUUAUUUUUUUAUUUAUUUAUCCAUCUGACCACUACGACACACGCAAAGUUUUUGCGCCCUUUUAUGCAGUGUUACUUGAGCCAGUUUUUUCCUAUUUUUUAUAAUCUAGCCGAUUUUUUGAAAAUCAACAGCUAACGAACUUUACAGUCAUUUUCCUGAAAAGGCGUCAAAAGGCACUGUUUUUUUAAACCCCACAAGCUCCAAAAUAACAAUAACGAAGGAAAAGAAAGGGCGAUGAGGAACAGGACGAGACGAGAAAAAAGCAAUGGCUGCACCCUUGUUGGACGGAAAAGGUCCAUUUGGCGUAAAGUUGUCAAAAAUCCGGCUAUAGAUAUAUGAGGGUCUGGAUGGGGAGGUACAAAUGUCAGUUGUCAGUUAAAAUUUCGACCAUUUGUCAGUUGUCAGUUAAAUUUUAGGCUUUUUAUCAGUUGUCAGUUAAAUGGUUGUUAAUGAUUAACUAUGAAACUUAUUUGCAUAUUUUUGAUGCGAAAUUUGGCUUGAAAGGCACGUAUAAUGUAAAUUAAACAUUAAAUUCGAAAACUGAUGCGAUAGUACCUUAAUUUUUAUCACUUUUUCUAUUGUAAGCAUUUCAAGUGGCCCUCCUUAUCUCAAGUCUUGUGUUACUCUCCUCUACGAACGAUUUUGCUGGCCAGAGUCCAACAUUGCAUACCAUUAAGCCAAUCAAAAUUAAUACCAUCAGAAUAUUGUAUACGCAUUAUGCGUGAGUCUUACGCCUGUGGACUAAAGACAUCGAUCCCACGCAUCAAGGACAAUUUCUCACGCCUGACUCACAAAUCCGGACAAAUUGUUCUUAACACAUGAUGACUUUGAGUCCUUUUUUGUGCUCUAACGAAAUCAUAUCAAAGCACGCUAAAAGUGUCGUCCUUUAAGUAGCUUUGGAAGUGCUCAAACGUCUUUGGGAACAGUCAGCGGACAUUUAAUUUUCGGCAACGUUCGGAAGUCUUCGGAAAUUCGUCGGAAAUCUUCGGAAGUCGCCGGGACGUUUCCGGAAAUCUCGGUCAUGACAAGGUGAAAAUCUCACUCCUUUGACUCAGAAAAAGUUGGCAGGUGUAAUAUUGGGAUGUAGAUCGUAAGAAGACCAAGAAAAACCGUCUUUGAAUCAUCUCACUAAAAACUUGCAAUUGCCUUUGUAACGCCCUCAUUCUAGUGAGCAGCCAUUCAGGAUCGGAGGGUCUCAAUGGGGUGGUGGCAUUUAUAGUUAUCGGCUAAAAUUUUGGCUCUUUUACGGCUAUCGGUAAUUUUUUUCAGUUACGGUUAACUAUAAAGUUAAAAAUUAAUUUCUUUGUUUCAAAGAGUUAAAUAUUAAUAAAACUGUUUUUUUUUUGGAUCUUUAAAGCAAAAUAAAUGUCUUAGGAUCAUCUCGGGAUGAAAUAAGUUCUUCUUCUGAAAAUUUUAAUAUUUCAUGAAUCAUGCUUUUAGAGUAUUCCACUUCUAACAUCAUUUUACACACAGAAAUGUUAGCUAUGAAAAAGUUUGUCAUCUUUUGCAUGUUGGCAUGAUUUCCUUUUCUUUAGGAGCUACUGAUUCGUUCUUCGCGUCGCUUUAUAUUUGCUGCCGUCUUCUCUUUUUGCUACCACGAUAAGGUCUUUAGCCCACUGAAGAACAGAUUGUACAACACGAACUAAAAAAGAACAAGCGUACAGAUUGAGACUCGAACAUUUCUGUGACUCUCACAUUCAGGCAAGUGUCGGAGCCAAGCUGAGAAGUACGCGGCUUUGAAGAUCUUUGAAUAGAAUCUUCGUGAAAAGCAGAACUAGCAGAAACAGGAGCGUAAAGAGUCAAAGUAGCCGCGAAAUAAGAAACACAACCGUUCCAAGUCAGUUUAGCACGUUCCUCAAAAUUAUCAAAUCUAAGGAGCAAAAUUUUUUUACGGUUAACUCUUUUAACCCUAUUUACGGCCAACGGUUAAAAUAUUUCAAUUUUUACGGCUAUCGACUAAAUUUUGGGCCGUUUUACGCCUACCGGUUUACCCCAUUGAGACCCUCAUUCAGAGGAGCGUAAAUUUGAGAUAAAUAGGUCAUUUACAACAGAUGGUACAUACCUUAUUAUGAGGGGGCUUAUUAUGGUAAAGUUUUAUUUCAUUUAGUACAACUACAUAUCAAUUUCAGACUAUUUUGGCAUGCAAUAGGAAAUAAACGCUCCAUGAAAUUAAGGUAUUGGAAAUUAACGCGACUUAAAUUAGCGCGAAUUUAAUGGAAAACGACUUUCGAAUAAAGAAAAUUAACGCGAAAGAGGAGGUAGAAUUUCAUAAUAAAGGAAAUUAGCGCGAUUAAGACACAGUUGGUGGUGACAACUGGAACAAAUUUAUUUCAACACUGGAUGCAAACAAAUUCAAAACUGAACAAAAGUGAGCUGACAGCGACAACGAUGAAGAUGAACUCGAAAUAUUGUAAACCUUCGCCUUACCUUUUGUGAAAGAUGAAAGAUAAAGGGUAAAUGGAAAGAAAGAAAGCUUGUAGUUAAUGUUUUUUAGGUGUCAAGAAUGUCUGGAGACAGGGGAGAGGUUCUAAAAUUGGGGUGAAAAUACUGGAAAUUAAGAGCGCAGAAAUUAACGCUGCACUUAAUUAACGUCGCGGAAAUUAACUCUCAACAAAAUUAACGCGACUUAAAUUAACGGGAAUGUUACCGAUUCGCGUUAAUUUCAUGAAGCGUUAAUUCCGAGGUAAGGGACGGACCAUUAGAAAAGUUAUGGGGGGGGGGGGGGGGGGGCGGGAAGGGGAAUUUUCGAGCCGCAGGAAUUUUUUUUCGUUAUCAAAUUCCUUGUAUGAAUUUUUUUUAGGCCAUAGCAUGAAUAUUUUUUAGGGUUAAUUGGCGUGCAAGAAUUUUUUUUCAUUUAGUUUUCCCAUGCGCGAAUUUUUUUUUUUGUACUUCGCCCGCCCCCGAUAAGUUUUCUAAUGGUCCGUCCCUAACACACGUGGGUUUUACAGUAAAAUCAUUAACGAAAUAUGACACUCAAGCGUCUUGCUGCUAAGAUUACCCCUAAAAACGCACAUUUGAUCACUUUGUCUGAUGAAAAGAGUGGAACAAUGCUAUUUAAGGCCUUAAGAGCUGAUGUCAGUAAAUAUCGACCAGAGGUCUACAAAAGUGAAAAAUCGCAAAUUCUCAAAAAAAGUCACAAAGUAGCACUGGGUAAGCUAUUAACAUAAAUGUAAUUUUUACUUCGAUCCGAUAAUUAUUUUCCACGUACGGGGGGGUUAUUGGUUUCGCGGCUCUCGGACUGGUUUUCCAGGCCCGAGACCAUGUGUUACAAAAAAAUCGUUUUAAAAUUCAAAUCAAUUGUAAUGUGGACAAAAAAAAACUUAUUCAGAAGAGUACUUAAUUGCACACAUUCUAAGUGGUGAUUUACUCAGUUUGAACGAAAGUGUAAUAUUUUGGAGAUUUUUCAUUAUUUUCAAUAUUUUGAACGUUUUCCUUUAAUAAAAAAAUGGCAAAUUUCAAAGCCCAAAAUCGUCCACUGGUACCUCGAUUUCAGUGACGAGUCUUAUACCACGUUAAAGAGCGUUAUCUCUUCUUUCAAAAUCUGUUUUUAAAACUACGGGCAAGUUAAAAGAAAAUGUUUGAGGCCAAAAAAUACAAGUAGUACUUUUCUGAAAUUUCAGCUUUCCAGACGCGGCGGGCCGAUGCUAAAAACUUGGAAAAAUACAAUAAGAAAUCAGUUUGAGCAAUAGUGGUUUCAUGUUAUCAGCUUUCAGAAACCAAGACGUGUUUAUACAGCGAUCUGAUAUAAAUUAAUGACGUUUGCUAUCAAGAAAGGCAGAUUUAAGCUGUCAACUCCUGCCAAGUGCACCAGUCACGUGAAGUUGUCAAAGGGAGGGCAAAGCACUAAUGUUAAAAAGUCUUAAAAUUCAAAACGUUUUACGUCCAUGAAAUCAGAUUUUAGCGUACAAAACAAUGUUGUGAAUGUCUGUUGUUCGUACCUUAGCAUGCAUAUGCAUGGUGUUUCCAUAUAUUGGAAAUGUCAAGUAUCCACACGGGAGAACAUACCAAACAACAACGUUUCAAAUCCAAGCGCCGAAAGAUCGCAAACGGCAAAGAUUGCGUUACAUUUCACAGAACGACCGCUUACCACUGUUGUCACUCGUUUUUUCGCUGGAAGCUACGAGGAGUUUUCAUUCCGUCAUGAGUGAUUCUUGAUCAGCGUUUCCUUGAAAGUACGACCCCGGACAGGUGAUAACUGAGGACGUUUCGACAAGACUCCUGUUGUUCAGUUUCAGGCUUUAGCAGGUGCGUAGUCAGGAUUUUUCCGGAGGUACGCCCAACUUUUUCUACAUCUUCUUCCCCUCCUCCCCCCCAGCCACCCCAAAUCUCAACAUUUUUUUAAGGUGCCUUUAUUAAAGGUGGGGUUAACGGUUGUAAGCAAAAGCAUUUUUGCUGUUUAUGAAAUGACACAACCUCUAAAAUUCUUUAAUUCUGUCGGCUUGUUAUGUUCAUUGACGUCAACCGUUUAUCAUUAAUUCAGCUAUUGAAAAUCAAGCUUGUAGUACCUCCGACUUUAGUUUACAAAUGACUCUUUUUAUCCCUUUUUGUCACAUUAUUUUUGACCGACAAAAGCACCACACAUUGACGUAAUUGUGCCCUACUUCGUCUACUCCAAAGACAGGACGUGGAGAAAACAACGCGUUCACGCUUUACAUCAUCAAGCUUGCUAUAUAAAUAAAUAUCAUCCAAGAUUCGGUUCUCAAAUAGGACAAUUGCACGAUGACGUCAUUUGACUACAACUACCAGAAUCCUUGAGUUUAUUGUUUUCUUAUGCAAAUUAAGGCUAUUGUUCUGUAAUCCUCAGCGGGAUUGACAAAUUUAAAUAACAAAGCAAAACCGAAAUGAAUUGUGGUAGUUGUAGUCAAAUAUCGUCAUCGUGCAAUUGUCCUAUUAAUGUCGUCGCUUCUCUAGAAACUGAUUUUUUUAGUUAUGUUUAUUUCAUUCUAUUUUUUUCCUCAACGUUUUCGGGUACGCACGUGCAAACCGUGCGUACAAGUAGCUACGCCCCUGUUUAGUCUCCUUAGCCCUGAGCGUUCCUCUCUUGCGGUUUUCGCGGGAGUUCAAGAUGUGGUCCACCCAGUAUUUCACGUCUCUUUUAAAUGAGGGGAAGCACUUCUUGUUUACCGUUUCGUUAUCAGACAGCGCUUAGACUCUCAGCCUUUCAUUUAAUUUUGAUCAAAUUUUUAUCAUUUAGUUACUCAGUAUAUGUUCGAUCCUGUCCUUGUAAACUUAUACUUUCAUACUUUAGGGGAGCUUAAUACCUAUAUUAAUUUUUUCUUCGUUUAGUGUUGUCCAAAAGACCCAGUUUUUUGGCAUUUUUUAAAAAAGCAAGAAAAAGAAACGACAAGGUUUAUUUUUUUUGGACUUAUAUUAAUUCUUUUAAUCUAAAAAAUUAGCAUUAUAACAUCAUUUCGAGGCAUAAAACGUUCGGUGGUGUAUCCUCUUUGCUUUUUACCCUUUUUGGGCCUUUUUUUAAUGAAAUUGACCAUCAAAUUUUCCGCCAUAUUGAGUUUGUGUCGAUUUGGUGACCAUGUCUUGUUGUUUUCAGUCUCCACGGCAAUGAUGCUGGUGUUUCAGGCCUCCAGUUCUCAGAUUUCUUGCGAUUUUUUUUUCACCCCACCGACCGACCCGCCCAAAACCAGGAAACCUAUUCGACGCUAAACGAACGAAAAGGGGAUGACCUAAGCCUUAUGGUUUCUUUUUGGGCUUCCUCACCACAUUGCUUCUGCGUUUUUCUGUAUACUUGUCUUUUACUUUGUUUUGUUCUUUUUUGUCGGUAAAAUAAACUGAAACUGUACAAAGACCCUCAAUAUUCCCUUUGGAGGUUCUCGAACGCGCAUAUAAAAAAUGAAAAACGCCAUGAUUUAUUGACCGCAAGGGCAAUGGGGUGGGGUUUGGGCUCGUCACUGCACUCCGGUUCACUCGCACGCUGUCAAAUGGUCCCGAAAUACAAAAUGAAAAAUGACUGUGGACAGACUAUUCACGUCUAGACAUCAAGCAUCUUUUAAGAUGGGACUUAUCGCCUCUCCCUGUUCAUGGAGUUGAUUCAAGGUGUUGACGUUAAUUUCGUGAUGCCCUGCAUGUUGCCAGGACAUGUUUCAAAAGGGCCUUUCCAAAGGUACCGAGUCCGCCGUCACCUUGUCAACCGUGCGAUAAAUGAUGUACUUCACAAAACAAAGAGAAGUUAUUUUCGAUUUGCCCCGCCCCCUACCCCCGAAAAUCCCCGACAGGACCGCUUCAAAGUACUCCCCAUGUGGUUGCGCGAGGGAUAGUAACAGGUCUACCUAAUUGCACCGUGCAUCAAUGACAGUUUAACUCAAUCAGAAGCCCCUUUUCCCUGGCUAGUUCAAGGUGUGUGCACCUCCUUUAAGCUGUUGUUUUCGGUUCUUACUAAAAUUUUUGAUCUGGAGGAAAUUCACAACGACAGGAGCAGGUUAUGGGCUUUUUUCCUAGCCCUAAUCCUACAUCACGGGAAAUCCCUCAGGUUAGGCAAGAAUUCGAUAAUCCUUCCAUAAUCAUCCAUUUUUUCAUCGCGUGAAUUGGGUAUUUUUAGCUUAUUUCGAGGAAAUACUUUUUGCUUCAAAUCCAGGGUGGGCCGUUUUAAACACAUUUUUUAAGCCAAAUGGUUUUUGCGAGAAUCUGCUUACCCGAACUUUUCGAAUAAAAAACGACAAAUACCCGAAAAAAGCUCAUGUUGUUGGUGGUGGUGGCAUAUUUCCGAUAAAUUCAGCUCAAUGUCUCGUGAAGAAGAGUUCAGAUCCGUGCCGCGCGCCUCUCGAGGCAAGCGUUCCGUCGAAGUGCGAGCCCAAAAACAGGUGGUAAGCGGUCAAUCUGUGAAAAGUAACGCAAUCUCCGUCGUUUGAGAGCAGCCGAAGAUGGGCGUCUGGAAAAGCGGGAAACCGGAAUCCGGAAUAGGAAAGGGAAUAGGAAAAGGAACAGGAACCGGAACCGGAAUAGGAACCGGAAUGGGAAGAAAAACCUAUAUAAAAAUAGGGACAACAUUUAACUUAAUUUAAGUUAAUCUGGAUUUAAUUCCUGUUCAGAUAUAGGAAAAAUAAGGGAAAAAAUGGAAUAGGAACCGGAAUAUGAAGGGGAAUAUAAACAGUGUAUAGAAAUAUGAAAAGAAAAAGAUAUAAUCGUGAUUUCAAUAAAAAGCCAGGGAAAUAAUUAAGCAAACAAGAAAACACCCCUGAAAUUUUAAUCUAAUUAACCUUUCUUUAUCUUUAGCCUAUGACACAUUGUGUCUUCGUGUCAACCAUAGCGAACUUCAGCAACGAGAACGCUGACCGUCGCUUGAUGGAACGCUUCUGUCUCACACAACGAAUCUGAAUUCUUCCUGUUACCUUCCACUGUGCGAAUUUGUUGAGUCAGGGGACCGAAAGACAGAAAACAUCCACUUCCAGUUUCCAUUUUUAAUGUCCUGGACGUUAACGUUGUGGUUGCGUAUUAAGGUCCCUAUUGCACUCCGGUUGAGGUAGAUGAAGUGCUCGCUGGGAUGGGGGUGGGGGGGAGGGUGAGGUGGUAAGUGUUAAUACCCUUUUCAAGCUGUGGACUAUCUAUCUCUGGUUAACUUCCCAAUUUAGCACAGUACAAUAUAUCUAUGCAGCAAACCUGAGGUGUAUGGCAGCCCAAUAAACGUCUCAGAUGGGUGUCUCGUUUACACAUGGUCUGACAACUAAUAUUAACAUGUUAUAACCUCCUUCCUGUGAGAGACAAAAGGAACCUUAAGAUCUGACAACGGCAACGCAAGCGAAAACGCCACUGAAAAAUUGAAUUCGGGUCUUAAUUCAAACUAUUUCUCAUUAAUUCCAAAUUGUCCAGUCUUUUAAAGGUUGGGAAAUGAAGCUGGAGACCGCGUCCGAGCUCAGAAAGACACAAUAAAAUUUAUCGCCUGCUGUUCACGUUCUCAAGAGAACUUAAGAUUUGAUCAUUUACGUCGUAGUUGUGCAUAGCCGGUGAAGAAAUUGACAGAAAGCGCGAUGCACUAGCAAAGCUGUUGCUUUAUUUAUUUAACUUGUGGCUUUAUCUACCUUCUCGUUGCCAUAAUAUAAAGAGAUUCGAGGGGGGCGGGGGAGCAUGAUACCAGAUUAGUUUUCUUAUUUUUUUAUAAAUUGAAUUAGAAUUAAAAUAAUUUAAAGUAAAUGAUGUCCCUGUUCUUGUACCGGUUCCCCUUCACAUUACUGUUCCUGUUCCGUUGCCGUUGCCGUUGCCGUUUCCGGUUCCGGUUCCGGUUCCGGUUCCUGUUCCCAUUCCCGUUCCUAUUCCGGAUUCCGGUUUCCGGCUUUUCCAGACGCCCGCCGAAGAUGCUCUUGCCGAUGCUGUCCUUGAUGUUUUUUAUUUCCAGUAUCUAGGAAACCCAUGCUAAGGUAUGAAACAUACACUUGUAGGCAAUGUUCUGUCCGCUAAAGUCUAAUUCCUGGACGCAGAAACGUUUUGCUUUUUGAAGUUUAUUAUUGUGCUUUGCCCUUUGACAACCUUACGUCACUCGUGCGUUUGGUAGCAGAAGAUGGCUAAACUCUGCUUUUCUUGUUGGAAAACGGCUUUAAAUUUUAUCAGAUCGCUCGAUAAACACGUGUUAGUUUCCGAUAGCUGAUAACGUGAAAUCACUGUUGCUCAAACUGAUUUCUUAUUGCAUUUUUCUGAGUUUUUAGCAUCGACCCGCUGAGUCUGCAAAGCUCAAAUUUCAGAAAAGUACUACUAGUAUUUUUUGGCCUCAAACAUUUUCUUUUAACUUGCCCGUAGUUUUGAAAACAGAUUUUGAAAGAAGAGAUAACGCUCUUUAACGUGGUAUAAGACUCGUUACUGAAAUCGAGGUACCAGUGGACGAUUUUGGGCUUUGAAAUUUGCCAUUUUUUUAUUAAAGGAAAACGUUCAAAAUAUUGAAAAUAAUGAAAAAUCUCCAAAAUAUUACACUUUCGUUCAAACUGAGUAAAUUACCACUUAGAAUGUGUGCAAUUAAGUACUCUUCGGAAUAAGUUAUUUGUUGUCCGCAUACAAUGGAUUUGAAUUUUAAAACGAUUUUUUUGCGACACAUGGUCUCGGGCCUGGAAAACCAAGUCCGAGAGCCGCGAAACCAAUAACCCCCCCGUACGUGGAAAAUAAUUAUCGGAUCGAAGUAAAAAUUACAUUUAUGUUAAUAGCUUACCCAGUGCUACUUUGUGACUUUUUUUGAGAAUUUGCGAUUUUUCACUUUUGUAGACCUCUGGUCGAUAUUUACUGACAUCCGCUCUUAAAAACGGGUUUUGUAGAAAAUAGGAGACAAUCAGGUCCUUUGUCAGUUGACAGUAAAACCCAAGGCAAAUUUGCUCAGCAGGAAAAGUAAUUUGCAUAACUAGAGCUGAACGGUAAUUUCGCAAAAGUGGCACCUGACCCAGACUCAAGCCUAUGAUAAAUCAGAAGUACUAAGACCAGUCUACUUCUUAAUGCAAUAAAAUUUGUGGGCACUCUUCUUUGCGUGCCGUGCAAAGUUCCGUUAAUGUUCCAAAAUUCGCCAUUUUGAUAGCAAAGCUGGAAUUGUAACGGGUCCGCAUCUGAUCGACUAAUUUCCACAGCUUUAACGUUUCUAGAUAUCACUAAAUGUCAUUAGACCCUUUAAAUGUUGGACGUUUGAAAACAUGUGGAGAAAACUUAGUAAUCGCUUUUCCUUGGGUCUUUUUCUUGUCGACGAUGAACGUGACUUCGUUCUCCGUAUGCAAAUUAGCCUUAGAUGCGUUGUUUCAACAAAUUGACAGGAAAUAUAAUCCUUGCAUUUCACAUUUCUAAGGAGAAAAAUAACUCUCCUUUCCACAGAAAAACACAAACCAUGACUUAGAAUCCCCUUAAGGUCUGCUUUUUUUUAACGAGGAAGAAGCAGCUGAAUAAUAUAUCAUGAUAUAUGUUUGCGUGGCUUAAAAUAAUUCAAUUACGGUGGUCUGUCACGCAUUCCUAAAGAGGGGUGGUCGAUUAGAAAACAAUAGCGUUGUGUCCAUCAAUUCUAUAAUAUUAUCAUCUUUUUUUAAAUGAUAGUUAUUGAUAAUAAUAAAAAAUAAGAGUUCACUUGCAAGGUAAGUCCUCUUGUCAGCACACGAAAAUUUUUGGGCACUCUUUUUUGCGUGCCUUAAAAAAUAGCGUUAACGUCGAAAGCUUUAUUAUGAUAUUUGCUUAUCAGGAGAAGGCAGAUCUUUGUACAUGGCACUAAGAUAAAAAAAAUGCCCCACACGUUUUCUAUCUUAAAUUAGCAGUAAAUUUCAGUUUCAUUCAAAGAUCUUUAAAGCGUUUAUCGGCAGCAGAAUGAAACGGGAAAAAUAGUUCCUUUUUUCAGUGAAUAAACGCAAAAGGGAGUAUCUUUUUAGUUUUUGUUAGGGUAUAACAUCCGAAUUCCAACGAUGAUCUUGUUUUGGUUUCAAUGUGAUUGAAUUAUAAUGCAACAGGUUCCAGUUUCAAAUAUAAUUAUGUCAAUGAAAUCGCGAAAGAGAUCAAUUGUGAAAAAUGGCUUUUUCGGCCAUUUCAUCAAGCAGUUCUUCCGCGAGAUCGUAGACAGAGUGAGGUCCCAGUAGGGGUGUGGAGGAAUAUCAUUUAUGCACUCUGUGACCAACACAUAUUACGUCGCACUUAGCCAGCUGUCACUUGUCUAAGUGUAGCAAGUGUAGCAAAGACAAUGAAAAUGAGCUCAUUUUAGCGAGAGUACGUAUUCGAAGCUUGGUGGGUAUUCGGAACUGAAAUGUCAAUCUGCCCAAGGCACAGACACUAAAUAGACCCGCCUCCCCUCAGGCUAACACUAAAAUAACAAUCUGCCCAAGGCACCGAACACCUACUUGGCAGGUUUUUGCGAGCGCCAAGGUCUUGUUAGGCUCGAUUGUAAGCCGCUGUUCUGGAAAAUGAGCCCCCAACGGACGGGGAGACGGCGGAAAUCGAGCCUAAGGUCUUGUCAAUAACCCGGUCACACUCUGGAUCAUACUGGCAAAAUAACUUCUGUGGCAGGAAGACAUGUCGUAAAUUUGCAGAUAGCCAGCGAAAUAAGUCAAAGUUUUGUUCCAUCGCGUAAGUAUCAUUCUUUUUUCUUCGUCGUGCAAAAAAGUCUCUUAACAUACAGAGAUAUUCUAAUUUCUCUAAUUCACAUUUCAUCUUGCGAUGUUUUCUGAAGUUCGUUUCCAGUUUAUUUGAGCUUGCAAAGAUAGUUUUUAUUUCUAUUUUUUUGACAGCAGUGUAUCUUGCCCUAAUCAAUUCUUACCUUUAAAAUGCUAUACAUACCGGUUAAUCCGUGUGUUGUAAAAGAUAGUUUUCUGAUGAUUGUUUGAAGAGCAUUAUAAAUGGAAAAAAAAGAACUUUCUACACGGAGUCAGGAUCCAACCUCGUCCCCAUGGCUUUCCCGCCCAUGCCAUUUUCUAAGAAGAAUGUCCUGGGGACGAGGCUAGGAGUGAUUGUGGUCGACGUGUCGUAUAGCCGAUUUGCUCCUCCUGUCGCAAGAAACUUGAAAAAUCUUGACGCCGAAGGGUCGAGAAGAGUACGAUUGAACAGUCAGCAAACCAUGUCCACACAUUUGCCGGAGAGGAUUAUUGGACAAGAUUUCUCUGUUUUUUUUGUUUUGAUAUCGUUUUCAUUAAGUCUUCAAAAAUGCCUCCAGAUUGCUGUUUUUUUUGUUUUUGUUUUUGUUUUUUUUUUUGUAUUUAUACCCUCUUGACCAAUGUGCUCCAUCUCAUCUCUCCAUUUUUAACCUACCUUACCAUCCACCCUCUCUCCCCACUGUUCCACCUCUACUUUUACAAGCAUUUGUACUUAAGGGGGUGAAAUUUCUCCCGUGUAUAUUAAUUUCUGAAAAAUUAAGUCCUUCUACUUUUUCCUUAAAUUCUUAAACUUAGUUCAUUUUUCUUUAAGAACCGCCAAAGAUGCUGCUAAGGCUGCAAUAAGCGCACUCGCCCUUUCAUAUACUUCAUCUAGUGAAAUGCCCACCUUUCUUAUACCUGAAUCCUGAAAACGAUACUCCUUUGGGGCGGAACCUCCCCGUAUAAGCCAUCAUAGGGAGUUCCCCCCACCCCUGUUCCAAUUCCGUGCUCACCUAUUGCCAGCCCAUGUUGGACUCUAGGCCCGUUUGAGUCAACACGUAAACAUAGUCCUAGGUGUAUACAAGUUGAACUUGACCAUAGAGAUCUGUUGCAAGAAGACGAGGAGUACGAAAGGCAAAAGCUUAUUGCCGAAAUCGCUGAAGAAUUGAGACCACAACACCCUCAACCAGAAGCUUUCAACCUAUGUGUAUGUCAAAGGAAGAACAACCUAGUCAGUUCAACGUGGUAAUGCUAAAAAAAUCUUGUGUCACUUUAAAAUACCAUUCAAAUCCAGGGAAAGAAAGGGAGACCUAAUUGACAAACUUUCGUCUUUCAUACAAGAUUGCAAGUGCUUUUCUCCAUCAGCUCAGGAGUGAACAUAGGGAUCCUUAAUUUAGUGUGAUUAACAGCCGGCAAAAACUUUUGGGAUUUAACAGGAGACGGACAGUCAAUUUUCUGCAUGCCAUUCCUCAUUUUUACUGAAAUGUUGUUAAUUGGCGAUAAACACAAUGCUCUGUUAAUACCACCCUAAGGUUUGUAGGGUAGCCUAUAGUUAGCUAGGGAUUUAGGAAAUCUGUAUGCUGCUUUAAGGACUUUGCAGGCGUGGUCCUGUGGUGUCGCACGGUAUUUCUGAAGUUGUUUGCGAGCUAUUUCCAAAAUAUUAAUAGUUAAUUCUGUAAUUGAAAAUAUUGUGCUAGUGCUCGUGAAUGAGAGUGGCCGUGUCCAAGUGACUACUUUGUAGCUAAUUGUCGUGUAUUACACCAUGGGCUGUCAUAUUAAACCCCAUCCUCACGGUGGCGCCCGGGGAUACUGACUCAGUUAAAACGGUCGUAGAAUGAAUAAAUACAACAGCACGGUAUUUCCCACCCAGUAAAGAAUCGGAAUUAACAGUGAUUAAAUUGUAUGAUUAUCAAUAACUAUCACUUCAAAAAAAAAUAUAAUCAGAUAAAAGAACUGAUCGAUACACGGCCACUCUCGGGGAAUGCGUGACGGGCCACAGCAAUUAAAUUAUUUUAAUUCGCGUAAACAUGUCUUCUUCUACUGCUUCGUCCUCGUAAAAGAAACAGACCUAAGGGGAUUCUAAGUCAUAUAUCGUUCGUGUUUUUCCGUGGAAAGAAGAGAUAUUUUUCCCUUAAAAAUGUGAAAUAUAAGCAGUUAUGUUUCCUGUCAAUUUGUUGAAACGACGCAUCUAAGGCUAAUUUGCAUACGGAGAAUGAAAUGGCGUUCUGAUCGUCGACAAGGAAAAAAAAAAAAUCAAGAAAAAGCGAUUACCAAGUUUUCUCCUCAUGUUUUCAAAAGUCCAACAUUUAAAGGGUCUAAUGACAUUCGGUGAUAACUAGAAACGUUAAAACUGUGGAAAUUAGUCGAUCAAAUGGGGACCGUUACAAUUCCAGCUUUGCUGUCAAAAUGGCGAAUUUUGUAACAUUAACGGAACUUUGUACAGCGCGCAGAGAAGAGUGCCCACAAAUUUUAUUGCAUUAAGAAGUAGACUGGUCUUAGUACUUCUGAUUUAUCAUAGACUUGAGUCUGGGUCAGGUGCCACUUUUGCGAAAUUACCGUUCAGUCUAGUUAUGCAAAUUACUUUUCCUGCUGAGCAAAUUAAAGGUCAUUUUAAAAAAAUCAUAUCUCAGCCAACCUUCCACAGAAUGCUACCAUUAAACUUUGACACUGUUAAUCAGAGUUAAAACUUUUGUGUGUAAAAUAAUCAGCUUAUUCGGCUAUGUAAGGUAGGUUUGACAGAGCCCUAAAGUUUCAGCAAUAUCGCACCACUUCUGACGUUAAACGGGCCAGUUUUUGGUGACCGAGAAAAUCUUCCUGUAAUAUAGAGAAAAAAUUGAGUUGGUCCAAACAAAUGUGAUAUUUCUUCAUUUUAUAGGAUAGUUAUCUUCCACUGAAAAAAUCAGGACAAUCUGUGAUACACCGAAAUUUGCCUUAUCGGUUCUUACGCGGACAGCCUCUUAAGGACUAAGAAUGCGAAAACCGAUACCCUUUUUAAGGCCCAAAGCCGAAAAAUGACACCCUAUUCAAGGAAAAACAAAAUUAUUAAUAGACAGUCAUAUUGUAAUUAAUACUGUGGCUUGAAGAGGCGUUACGUGUAUUUACCCGCUUAACGGCUAUUAAACCUCUGUUGCAAAAUCAUUUUGUUAAUACUUAGAAGGAUACAUCAAGUUAAAAAAAACCGUUUGUUUAGGCAGGCGUUUUCACACUCCAGUAUUAGAUAACACAAUUAAUCUACCCUAUCUAAGGACCACACCAGGGACACAGAAACAAAAGGGUCAAAAAGAAAACCUAUUUAAGGACUGAGAACCUCGAAAACCAUACCCUAUUCCGCGGCACGUACCUAUAUAGCCCAUAUAUGGGAGUACCCCCCCCCCCCCGGGAUCCAGACCCUCAUAUAUAGCUCCUUAUUUAGUGGAAAACGCUCAGGAAUUGCAAACCAUAUGACCAUGAUGUUAGCAAAAACAGUGAGUCUAUGCCUCUAAUAAUUUUUUUUUAUAUAAUUUGCAAAAAAAAACGGUUACUUACACUGAACAAAAGAAACGAAUUAGCAAGUUCAUGCCUCCACAGAAAUAUACUCGUAGAAAUUUUAGAAUAACGUGACGCAGAAUAUAAGAUCAUGGGUCAUUCAAGAGAUGUUACACGUCAGGUCUGAGGUGUGGAUGUUAUACCUCAGAUCUGAGAUAUGAGAGGUAUAAUGAAUGUUUUUCUUUCAAUGACGAGUAACAACAACUGUUUAUUUACUACGGUUUUUAAGUGUCGGUAUUAUACUUUAAAAGUGAAAUCUGUCGUAAACUUGGAAGGCAUCAGAAGUAGAUUCCAAAAUAUAUAUAAAAUGUCGGCAAGUCCAGAACAACAAACCAAUGAUUGGUGCCGGAUCUCCCAGUUGUAGACCUGGAUCAGUACAAUUAAACUUGUAGAAAAAUAUGAAACGGCAAACUGAUCCUUACGGCAAGGCGAUGAAGAAGUAAACAAAAACAAACAAAUACAUAUUUAAACAAAUUGCCAAAUCUUUCGGUUUGAAAACAAACCUUCUUCAGGGGCUAAAAGAAAAAUGAAAAUAAAACUAAACGUUCCACUGGACGAAUAAACGGAUUUACUUAUGUUUGCGAAAGGUGCAAAUAUGUGGUAAAUUUGGAGCUCCAAAUUUGCAUUACAUUUGCGCUGUCGGCUAAAGUGUGGGCAAAUACAUAUAUUUGCUAGAUAGGUAUUGAUACGCAAAAAUGAAGUAAAUGUAAUGGUUUGAUACAAAUUUGAUACGUAUUUGCAGCAUGGGCAAAUCUUCAACAUUUCUACCAGUUUACUCAAAUUUACAUCCUUGGCAAAAAUGACAGUUUUCACUUUACUUCAAAUGCAGGCAAAAAUAUUGCAAAACCCCUAAUUUGCAGUGGUAUUUGCUCUUGUUUUUCCAGGAUACCAAAAGAACACUUUUGCAUGUGGUUUACUCGUAUUUGCCUUAAGAGCAAAAACAAUAAAUUUCUACACAUUUGGCUGUAUCAUAAAUUUGCACAUUUGCAUCAUAAUUAUCCAUAUUUGCAAGGGGAGCAAAUAUAGUGAGCUGCAUAACAUUUGCUGACAGUCAAAGGUGAUGUGCAUGUGACAUUUCCUAUAUGUUUGAUCCGUUUUGUGACUAAAGUAAAUUUCCAAUCUCAACUGUAACAUUACAUUGUUACAAUAAAAUUUUGUACACGCUGAGACUCCGCCCAGAGGUCCAACCCCUUACAUGCAUCUUUCCUGUUAACUGUUUUAUGUGAACUGUCAUUUUAAUAUAAAGGAAUCAGAAACCAGUUAAUUUUUUUGACAAUUUUACAUUCACAAAUUUCUUCUGUUAGUCUUUUUACAGAACGAAAUGACAGAUAGUCUACCCUCUCAUAUACUUUAACUCAGGAAAUCCCUAUCUUUUCAUACCUGAAGCAUGAAAAAGGUGUCCCUUUCUGACAGCGCCCCUGGCAUAAACCUUUCCCGGGCUACUAAUUUAAAGCAAAUACCCUAAUUCAAAUCUACUCGUUAUUAAGGUCCAGUAGUCAGAUCAUUGAUGCACUCUAUUUCCUACAGUCAGGGCCAUAGCCAGUAUGAGGCAAACCGAGGCACUUGCCUCUGUCAUUUAAGGUUUGAUCCUGGCAGUGUUUUGUUUCAACGUAGUCAUCAUAAAGACCCCGAAUAGCUAGGCGGGGAAUUCAACCAUGGAUAUUGCCUCAGUCCUUAUUUUUUUCUGGCUACGGCCCUGUCUAUCGUCUUAAAAAUUCCUCUAUUAACUUAUGGGACAAUGUACAUCUUAACAAGUGGUAUUCCCUUAUGCACAGCAAUUACCACAGGGGUCCUUAAACUAAAGAUAACACCUAUAAAUGAGAACUAUGUAGUGGUUGGAUGGCUGUAAAUUCAUCUUCAUUAAUAUUACAUGAUGUUCACUUCCGAGCUGAAUUAGGGAACCAAAUUACUUCAUUGUACGUUGGUGUAAAAUAUUGUGUUUUUCAAGGGUUGUCAUACAUAUACUGCAGGGUUCUUUCUAUAUUUCCGACAAUAUUUAUACUGAUUCUAGAAUAUUAGGGGCAUAUAUCAUACGGCACUUAUUUGUUGUAGUUUUGACUGACCACCUAGAGAUGACCACAUCUCGAUGGUGGGCUUCCUAAAAAUGACCACAUUUUGAAAACCCAACAGCCAAUACUACAACAAAAUAUGGUGAAACUGCUCACAAUUUUAUUUGAACAUUAACUCAGCUGACAAAUUUAUGAAAGGCUAAUUUUUCUUACUCUAUUGUUUGCAACCCUGAGUUUAAGUUUCACUGAUUUUAAUGUUGAUUUUGAGUUUUACUGUUCAUUAAGUACUACCUAUUCAAUCCGAAAAAGUCAUAGCAUUUUUGCUGGCUAAAAUUCACCUGAGGCCUGGUUAUUUGAACUUGGGAUACAAGGAGGAUCUACAGGAGCUACCGGUCGAAUUGUCAAAUCCUACCCGACAAAGCACCCCGCACCAUAAACAAUGAACAGACCUAUAUUGGGUUACAGGAUCACAGGAGCUCUGAGUUGGCCUUAGAUCAUGAAAAGUCUAGAGCUAUAAAGAAAAAACUAAGGUGGUGAAACAAAUUAACAUGCAGCCUUUAAACUUCUGGGCUGGGUUGCUCAAAGAUGGGUUAAGAUAACACAAGGUUAGGUUCAGUGGUCAGAUCAUUUACUGUAUUUUUUGAACAUCAUACUAAAAAAUCAAAUUUGGUCCGAAAUAAAAAGUUUUGUGGAUUUCAAACUCAGUGUUGUGAUUAUUCACUUGUACAUAAUUUCCUCAUGGCCAUUUAACCAACAAACUUAAUUCAAUUUAAAACCAACAAUUUUAGUUUAACCGGUAUUUGUUGUAGUUUUGACUGCCCACCUAGAGAUGACCACAUCUUGAUGGCGGGCUUCCUAAAAAUGACCACAUUUUGAAAACCCAACAGCCAAUACUACAACAAAAUAUGGUGAAACUGCUCACAAUUUUAUUUGAACAUUAACUCAGCUGACAAAUUUAUGAAAGGCUAAUUUUUCUUACUUUGUUGUUUGCAACCCUGAGUUUGAGUUUCACUGUUCAUUAAGUACUACCUAUUCAAUCCAAAAAAAGUCAUAGCAUUUUUGCUGCCUAAAAUUCACCUGAAUCCUGGUUAUUUGAUCUUGGGAUACAAGGAGAGGGGUUGUGGCUUCCCCAAAAAAUUCUGAUGAAGAGAGGGCCUUCAUAUACAGGAGCUACCGGUCAAAUCCCACCCAACAAAGCCCCCUUAAAAAUGAACAGACCCCUACUGGGUUACAGGAGCUCUGAGUUGGCCUUGGAUCAUGAAAAGUUUAAAGCUAUAAAGAAAAAACUAAGGCGGUGAAACAAAUUAACAUGCAGCAUUAAUUUUUCCUUCCAGGAUGGGUUGUUUAAAGCUGGGUUAAGAUAACCCAAGGUUAGUACGAAAUAUGAAUUCAGAUAUGAAAGUUUUAAAAACAAAUUUAUUUGAAUUCCUUUUGUCUACAAUUUGGUGAUUUGAUACUUAAAAAAAGAGGGAAAAUUAUCUGACAAAGUGCUUUUGAUUAAAAGGAAAAAGAAACGCAGGUUAAAAUCUAACACUGGGUUAGUGCUAAUCGGUCUUUGGAACAACUGGGCCCCGGUCUUUUUUUGGGUCCAAUUCUAAAUCACAUAACCACUUCGAAGUGAGUCAAUAUUGGUACAUAACCUGGGCAUGUGUUACAUUCCCCUUCUGUCAUUUGAUAAUAGUAAAGCCUAGGGUCGCACAAUGGGCAGGGAUCUCCAAUUACUAAAACUAAAAAUUCAAAAUGACACAGUAACUGUUGUAUACAGUUACAGAGGGCCCACACUACCUCCCCUUUACAUUAAGUAAAUACACUACAACAAAUCUACUGGACAAAGGUCCAGUAGUCAGAUCAUUUACUGUAUUUUUUCUACAUCAUAAUAUUAUUAUUAAAAAGCUAACAAUAACAAGGCCACCCACAGUACCUUAAAUUUGGUAAAAAAAAAAAAAAAGGUUCUGUGCAUUUCAAAGUCAGGGUUGAGAUUAUUCACUUGUACACAAUUUCCUCAUGGCCAUUUAUUCAAGAAACUUCACAUCAAAACUGACAAUUUUGUUCUUACCGCUAUUUGUUCUAGUUUUCACUGACUAUACCUAGAGAUGACCACAUCUUGAUGGUAAGCCUCCUAAAAAUGACCACAUUUUGAAAGCCCAACAGCCAAUACUACAACAAAUGGUGAAAUUGCUUUGUAUUUCAUAUAAUUUGUGAAUAGAAACUCAGCACAGACAUGAAUGAAUAAUUUCUUUGCUGCUCUUUACAACCCUGAUUUUGAGUUCAAUAUGAUUUGUCUUUUUAAACUGCUCAAACAGACUGGCAAGAUUUAUAUCAGCCUUCACUCAACAACAAUAACAUCAGGUGCAUUUCUUCACUUAAACCUAAACUUCUUAGACCAACGGGGUUUACACCAUCAAUAUUAUUAUACCCUUUCACUAAAUGAGCCGAAUUUUAAUAGAUUUAUUUAGAAUAGGAAUUCACACGGUAAGAUACCUUUUUGAUUUUCCUUUUUAAAUAGGAAUAUGAUAUUUUAUAAUUGCUGGACAAAAAAAAGGUUCCAGCUAAAAAUUUGUUUUGAGCAGUGAGAGAAGACAUGAAAUAGUAAAUCUCAACUUUGGAUCUGUCUGAAGGCAUUUUCUUUGCCCUUCCACAAAAUCACUUUCUACUUUCACUUUGCCACUAACUUUUGCCAUGACUUAGUAACGCCAAGUGAAAACAUAAUAUCUGAGGCAUAUUUCUUAAGCUAUAUGUCAGUGCUAGUGAGCAGUCACGGACUGCUGUUUUGAAGCGGCAUCCGACAGCAAGAUAGCCUUUCCAAAAUCAAUGAGCAUUGGGUGGUACAUAUUGUUUACCUCUGUAAGAAUAAUGUUGUCACUCUUUAUAUCUCUGUGGGGAAACCUCUAUGAGUGCAAAUGUUCUAUAGCUUCACACAAUUUCAGUACAUUAUGUUCCCGCAGAACACUGUGAAAGGGACAUGGAUUUACUUAGCAGGGCACGGCACAAAGAACAAGAAAAAUAAUAUUGUAAAGAUGGUAAAAAUAUAACCCAAGGAAGUACAUGUGAGGUUUCUUUUUUGUGACAUUUACCCCAAACAGAUGGGGUAUUGAUGGAUGGGAGCGUUCAGUAUAUAAGCUUCAAUUCUGUCAUCUUGUGAAGAGGAAAAAAUGAUUACUGUAAAUAAAUUGAGACCCACUGGAAUACCCCUGUAGCAUUUCUUCUUGAACAGACCACAAACAGCUUCCCCAUGUUGAACCUGUAUUUCAUUGACCUCUUUAUCUUUUGGAGAGUUCAGGUGAUGCAACUCAAUUUCAAGAACAUUGGAAAUAAGUCCAGUACCACUCAAGGAAAAAUCUGAAACAAAUGUACAAGAAAGUCACUAAACCCACUAAAAAUAACUGUUAAUUCUACCUUUAUUGAUAAUAUUGUGAAAUUAAAUGAAUUGUGUUACUUGUGUUGCCAUUAUCUUUAUGAACAUUAUAAAUACACAUGUGGCACAUUUUAGCAUUUUUGACCCUUGGACUCAGCUUACAUGUACAGCUGUAUCAUUAUAAACUAUUAUAAACAAAACAACCUUGAAUUGUAUAUGAAAACAUGACAAAACAAAACAGAAAAAAAUGACAGUAACGCAUAUAAAAUAAAGGCUCCACCCUACCCCUGUCAAAAUCAAUGGUACAUGUACAGGUAUUACGCUCAACAUGUCAAUAUAGCGCCAGAGGUAGUAUAAAUUACUCAAGCAAUUAAUCUUGAGCUACUUCUGCCAAAUAUCAAUAAAUUAGCAUUUUAACAUUGCAUAACUACAUAUUUUACUGACUUAACACCACUUAAAUUUUUCAACAAGGCUUUUUUCAGCUGGAUCACUACCAUACGCACGCGACACGCGUGCACAUACAUGCUACAAAUGUAAAUAUGGAUGCAAAUGUAGUUUAUUCCCGGUUAUAACAUAGAUGUGGCAGUAGAAGCACGAUAUACAAAGCAAAAUAAAUCGACUUUACCUUUUAAAUUUCGAAUAUCCUUGAGAAGAAAUCCAGCAACAUAGGCAAUCUCUUCCUCCCGCCAAAUCGCCAAAAGACCGCGCGCCCGAUUUCCCAAGCAUUUGCGCCUCAGUGGUGCUGGUCAGCGACAGUCUGCAUAACCGUUCGAGAACGAGGCACAACAAUUGAAAUUCGUCGACCGUUAACACGUUCCACUGCCAUCGAUUUGUCAUCAGCUUUUACUUCGUACGUUUAACGCCAUAUUUAUCAAGAGGUUUCGAAUUUUCCUUCUUUGUGGGGUUGACUGUCGAGUAUGGAGGAAUCGGGCAGUCUUAUUUGUUCGAAUUUAUCGAACGAAUGUGUCCUCGAAGAACAAAUAAAAAUAAUCGCUCGAACUCGAGGGAACUGCAUACUUAUAGAUCCUUCGACGAAAAUCCACCAUGAAAGACAUCUACAUCGCUCCAUCGGCGACGAUCAAGUAGUAACGAGUGGAUCCAAGAAAAGCAGCCGUUAGUACUUAGUAAAUAGACUUCGGUGAAUCGAUGCUGUUUUAAUUAGCAGACAUUGUAAAACUAAGAAGAGGCAGGAGAAAUGUUGAGGACAAACAAAUGCUAAGGGAGCAACUAAUCGGGAGUAAAAGAAAUGCUCAGUAAGUAUAAGAAAGUUCUUUGUUACUGUUAAGCCAUUAAUGAUGCUAUUUGAUAAUACCUACAUUUGCAUUCCAAUAUUCAGUAAUCAACAAGGACCACCUCUACUCCUGAAACUUUAUUUGUCCUGUUGUUGUAAAAAAUACCGUAAUCUUUUGUUUGGUUGUUCUCUUCAGAUAAAUGGUCUUGGAAAAUUUAAUAAGAAUUGAAGCAAGUGUUAAUUCCCCUCUAUUAGGCCAAAAUUAACCUUAUCCUCUAGUGCCUACUUUCUCCAAAGGCUUUUCCAAAGGCUUUUCCAAAAUUUAAAAGGGGAGUAAAGGCAGUGACUGCCAUGGUGCUGAAAACAUAUAGUGUAGCUAGAAUUUAGAUCAUGGUACCCUGCUUUCACUGAUUGUUUUUUAUGAUCACCCCAUGUAAGGGAUUCUGGAAUCCGGGAAAUUUUUGCUUAUGGAAUCCAGAAUUCAGGCAAUUUUUGUUGCGGAAUCCUAAAUUCUGAGCUUUGAAACCUGAAAUACAAGUCAAACGGUUGGAAUCCAGAAACCAAGUAAUCCACCGAAAAAGGUUCCGGAAUCCGCAGCGUGGAAUCCAGAAUCUAAAACUGUCUUGGAUUCCCUCGUAUGAGGCAAUUAUAGUAUAAUUAAACUUUUGUUCCCAAGAUACACUGUAAGUGAUGGCAAUAUUGCAGAAGAAGCAGCUCCAUGAAGUUUUAAGUAAUAUGUCAAUAAUGUUGUUAUGGUAGUGAUGUAGUGGGACACUUACUAUAAAAUUAAUACAAUGAUUUACCUGGAGUCAAUUGUCUUGUUACAAACGGGUUUCUCGCAUUCAUUUUUUCAUUUUGUUUUUGCUCAAAGAAGGUCUUAGUUUUAACGGGUACAGUGUAAUCAGGAUUAUGAUGACCGCUUGGGGUUAGAUUUGAGACAUGAAAGUUACGAGCCAGCAAUUUGUUGAAACUAGUUAAUUUUGAUAUCAGUUAACUCAGAAAAUAAGUAAGUUUAGUCACCUAGUGUGACUGCAGCCAGUAAUAAUACAUGUAAUAUCUAAUAGCAACCUUUUUUCCUAUAAAAGGCUAGAAUAUUUAGACAGAAAAGGACAAUAGUAUUUUUCAUGACAAGCAUCUACAGCUUUAGUUUCAGUAUUAAUGGUCUCAAUUAUGUAUAAUUUCUGUUUGUUGCAGAAAAAGCUGAAGAGACAACCCUUUUCCAGUCAACCUCUAUUUUGAAGAAGGAUUGUUGUAAGUUCAAAGCUUGUAUAAUUGUGGAGUACAUGUCUUCAGAACAAGGCAAUACAGACCAAGGAGAUGACAAAUCCGAGAAAAGUGCUUUGCAGGAGGCCUCUAGCAUGGAGGAGUCAACAACUUAGCCUGUAAAAACCUCUUUGCGAAGCUGAACAGUAAAGCAAAAUUAAAACAGUCACAUGUAAGCUUGUCAUCACUCAAUGACAAUAGAAAGGACGAAUGGCUUCUCCUCAGAGCAGGAGGCACCAGAUAAUGCUCCUGAAUUUGCUUUGUGAUAAGGAAAUAUAAGUUAAUCCAAGGCUCUUAAAGAAAUUCCAGAUUAUUUAUGACUGGUCAUACUUACAGGUACAUGUACAUGUAGCUCUGCAAAUACAGUAAUCCUUUAAUCACUCUCUGUUUAUGACACUUUUUUUUAGAAAAAGAUAAAUCUGCGUAAACAGUACAAAUCCUGAUGGUGUUGAUUUGUCCUGAGAAUUCUGGUGGCAGGUAGAUCAAAUUGGGUGAUGUGAUAAAUUUUUCAUUAGAAUCCUUUGGCUAUUAUUUGCAAGUAAUGUACCAGUCAGCAGGUUAAAAAGGCCAAUUAAUGUACAAAUGUUUCUUUUAAAUCUGUUUGCUUAACUGCAGGCAUUUGAGUUCUGCUGGCACCACUUCACAGUACAUUUGUACCGAUUACAGCAAUUGCAACUGACCUGCUUGAACAAAAAAACAAAACAAAUUUAGGUACACCCUGCUUUUUGUCAUGAUUUAUUACGGAAUUUUGCAAAGGAUUGCAACAUGACUGAAGAAAAAGAGUAAUGAGAGACAGCAGUGUAGUUAUUUUGCAGGCUAGCCAGAUCAACCUUUUGUACUACAUGUACAUGUAUACUGAGUUUAAAAUAAUUAUUAGCUUCUUUCAUUGGGACCAACUACAGUGACAAUGGUAGUGUUGACAUGCUGUGGAAUACUUAUAGCUGGUCAUUACUUUCAUGACCCUCAAUUUUCUUAGAACGGGGCAAGUACUAGAAGCUCCGGCUGGUACUUCCUCUAAGAGCAUAUCCAAUACUAUGCAGGAACCAUUAGCAACAAAAAUGAAGUUAAAGAAGUCUGAUCUGAAUCUGAAUAGCUAUAUGUACCUAAACUAUUUCUUCCUUUGCUAAAUGCUAUAACCCAGUUGUUAUACCAGCAAAAAUUGUAAAUUGGUAGCAAGAAUUAGGCCUUUCAUUCUAAUAGAGCCUAAAGAAAAAAUGCCACCAGAAUCAAAUUUUGUUUAAUCUGUAAAUAGCAAUAAAUACAAAAAUACUAAUUAUUUAUUAAAAUGGGUGUCUUGAGGGUUCCAUUUAGUUGGAACAGGAUUUUGUCCUUAGAUACAAAAGUUUAAGUAAGAAAUAGUCUUGUCAUAAGUAAAUAUUGGUCCAAGGGUAAAAGGAUUUUUAACCUGUUUCUGAGUUGCAAAAACCUAAACAACUGAAAUAGGUUUGAGGCAACUCUGAAACACCUACAGCUGUAUGUAGAAUAUCUUACACAUAUAGAUGAAGAACACUUUUCUUAUAAUAUUAAUAGUUAGUAAUGAUCUGAUAGAGCAAAGAGUGGAGACAAGUAAACAUCAACGAACUGUAAAAUUGGGAAUUAAUAUGAAGAGCUGUAUGUACAGCUUUAUACUGUAGUUUGUAAUGUCUGUAAUGUGUAAGCCACUUUGGUUUAUGGAAUAAAUCAUUUGAACAUUAAUGGGAGGUCACUGCUAGAAUUUCUUUCAGUAACUUUAAUGUUUGAUUAAUUAUGGCCACUUGUUAAGAACCUGAAGUGAGCCAUAUUAUAAUUAAAAAUAUUUUUAAAAUUUUAUCGCAUUUGCUACAACCCAAGCAAACUCGUUUAAACCUUGGAAUUUACAUUUGCUACUGGAGAAAACAUGCUCAAUUUUAUGGGUUUGAUGACAUUUGCUAACCAAAUUAAAGUCAGAAUUUGAUUAUAUUUGCUACCUGAGCGAAAAAUUGUACAAUACUAACAGUUUGAUCAGAUUUGCUGCCCAAGGAACUUUGUUCAAAACUCGACUUUUGACCACAUUUGCCGCUACAAGCAAAAUCUUGUGUUUGAUCAAAUUUGCACACCCUAGAAAAUUUGUUCAAAGUUUAGGUUUUCUAACAUUUGCUUCGUGAGCAAACAUGUUUAAUACAAAGAUUUUGGUUACAUUUGCCAUGCAAAGCAAUCUGGUUCAAUUAUGAAAAUUUGAUCACCCAUGAUAACCCAAGCAAACAUUGUUCAAAUUAGAUACUUCGCUCACAUUUGCAAAGCUGCGUAAACGUUCUGAAGAUAACAGAUUUACAUGCUUUUACACCUAAAGCAAAAGCUGUGCAAAACAGCAGAUUUGCGCUAUCAUUUGCGUAAUGUGCAAAUAUAGUUCAAAGAAACAUAUUUGCCUACACAUUUGAACCAUCUGCAAAUGACCCUCAAUUCCAUGGCUGCCCAUUAUCUUUGCACCAAGAUGUAAAUGUUGUGCAAAUGUGGCAUUUACCGUCAUUGCUAUGGAUAGCAAAUCUAGUGCAAUAUCAAUCUUUGCUCUUGCGCAAAAUUGUGCAAAUGUGGUAUUUGCUACACAUUUGCUGUAAUUUGGCUACCCUAGUAAAUCCAUUUUUUCGUCCAGUGUUCGUUACAAAUAAGGAUUUGAAAAUGCGGCAAUAAAAACAAUGGACUGUUAUUGGUAAAGAACUUGUUAAAUAUCUGAUGCCAACUGAAAAUAAACUAUGACAUCAUCCUAUCUUAAUGAGAUAUAUGACGUCAUCGGCGUUAAUUUAUGCUAGUCAAAAACUUAAUUAUAUCCACAAAAUAGGCACUAACCGGUCCCUCCCCCACUUCUCGUUUUCAUGUAAAUGUUGCCCGUAGCAAAGGCAAUCCAACAUUUGUCUAGGAGGACUGCUAUUGCCCUCUCUUUGCAUAACAACAAAAAAUCUUUUUCUUCAGCGUGGAUCACGUGUUUCGUUUUGCCCUUGUCGGCGUGCUCAUUAUACUUGAGCGGAGAAACAAAUAAAGCUUAAAAGUCUUAGAAUAGAUGGUAACCCGAGGAAACGAAAACGCGUCGUAAUUUGUAAACAACUUUUCCCUGCCAGAAGCCCCCCUGUCCGCCCUCGCGGCAAGCGAAAAUGUUUCCGCCAAAAAUUAAUGCAUGCGUACUAUGCGUUCGCGUCUUAUGUAAGACACAAAGGUCAUUUAUACGAAGUUUUUCUCGCUUCGCUAAGACGCGUCGUAUCUAAUAACAGGUGUUAAGGGCUGUUCAAAAUUAAGACGCGUCUUAGCUUAGUCGCGUCUUAUUCUAGACGAAAUCAUAAUGUGCCGUUUAUACGAAAAGUUCGCGUCUUAUGUUAGACGCGUCUUAUUUUUCCUCGUAUAAAUGGCCCUAUUAUAUCAUUACUUCUGAAAAUUUGAACACUCUAGAAAAAUUAUUUUAACCAGUUCAGAACUUACAGAAUUUGCAGAACUAAUACUACUCGCGGGUUUUUACUGUGUGAAACCUGAUGGUGAAGUUAAAAUAUUUAAUUGUUUACUUCACACAGUUUAUUCACCUUAAUAAUGAUAAAAAUAAUAGUUUCGAUUGACAAGUUGUCCUUUUUGUCUACCUUUCAUUGAAAAAUAGAGGGAGUCGCAAGGUAAAAAUGGUUUCCGUAAAUUUGAAAAGAAAUUGGAGAAGGAUUCUACUGGACCUAUUAAAGUUGACACGUUAAAGUUCCAGCUGCAAAGGAUCCUUUCAGAAGCAAACAGUGUGUCGGAAGAGCUAAUCAAAUUCAUAAAAGCCCGAAAGCAAAAACUGGCAGAUAUCGUAAAUGACACUUGCAGAAAAGUUAAUGAUGUUAAAGACGAGUGUGAUCUCCAAUUCAAAAACAUGGAAGGUGUCCUAAAGCAGAGUGCAGAGCAACUGGCCAAAAAGGUGCAGGAUGGUGAAUUUGACGCGGAAAUUGCUCGCGAUAUGGAAAAAGAGGGUGUGCGAGAAAGAGCUUUGGAAAAUUAUUGCAAACGCCUCAAUUCUGAGCUUGCCAAAAUUGUGAAAGAUGACAAGCAAUUAAAAGAAAUAUCAUUGGCCAUUAACAACAGCCUAAAAGAAAUUGAAGAAUUGCCUGUCCCAGUUUCAGUUACAGUUGACUACAUCUGGCAAGAAAAAGAUUUCAAGUUGGACAAACAUUUCACUUUUAAUGACGAUAAUUUUCAUUCACGCUUGACCAAACCCAGUUUUUUUUACAAGAUGCUCGGAUAUGGAACAAUGGCUGCCAUUGGUAAGUACAAGUGUUGGGUAGUCAUAUUAUACGUAUCCAAGAGUUGA